AUGGCCGCACCAGAUCACCCUCGGAGACGGAGACAACAGACUGACAUGGUGCUAGAAAAUUCAAAAACAUCUGGAAUGAAAGUGAAAAAAGAAGUGAGAAUUCAGAAAAGAAAAUAUAUAUCUACUGAAUCCUCAUUGAUGAGCAGAAAAAAAGCCAAGAAACAAGUGAGAGUCUCAAAAGAGAAAUGCUCAUCACUUGGAGCCUUGUUACAUAAGCCUCAGAAUAAAUCUGCAGAGGAAGAUGUUGAGAACUCUCUCGUUCAAGGUGAAGAGGGCGAGAAAGCACUUACCAUUUGUCGUGGAACACAGGAUUUUAGUAUCAGUUUGCCGCCCUUUGGACAGUCUAAUUCAAAUCUGGAUGUAAGUUGCAAUGAAGAGAUGCUCAUUCGUACCAGAGUAAGGAAAGCUUUACGUCUAUUUCAAGUACUUUGUAGAAAGCUUUUGCAAAGUGAGGAGUCCACAUCAAAGAAUCGUGGGCAAAGGAUUCGGAUUGACCUUACUGCUGCCAAAAUUCUCAAAGCAGAAAAUGAAUUUGUAAACACUGGUGGUCCAAUAAUAGGAUCUGUUCCUGGUGUUGAAGUUGGUGAUGAGUUUCAUUACAGGGCAGAACUUUCGGUUGUAGGUCUUCACCGUUCAUAUCAAGGUGGAAUAGAUUACACAAGAAUAAAUAACUCACUUCUGGCGAUUAGUGUCGUUGCUUUUGUGGGUCAUGCUGAUGAAAUGGAUAGCUCUAAUUUCUUAAUAUAUUCCGGUUCUGGUGGUCGUCCUUCAGAAGGGAACAAGCCUCCAGAAGAUCAGAAGCUUGAGCGUGGGAAUCUGGGACUCAAAAAUUGCAUAGAGUCCGAGACGCCUGUGCGGGUUAUCCGUGGUUUUGAGGAAUUCGGUCAGGAUGGAAAGCCAAGGCCGCUCUCAACAUUCACUUAUGAUGGCUUAUAUUUGGUGGAGGGUUACUGGAAGGAAAAAGGUCCCCAGGGUUUUGAUAUGUUUAAGUUCAAGCUGAGGAGAAUUCCUGGGCAACCAGAAAUCUCUCUCAUAGAGGUGAUGAACUCAAAAAGAACUGCAGUACGAGGACUUUGUAUCGCAGAUAUCUCUGGGGGCCUGGAGAAAAUACCAAUUUCUGUGGUCAACACAGUUGAUGACGAAAGACCAAUGCCUUUCAAAUAUAUAAGAAAAAUGAUAUACCCUUCUUGGUAUGAGCCAACCAUGCCAAAGGGAUGUGCCUGCACACAGAGAUGCACUGAUUCUGGUAGUUGCUCUUGUGCCGUUAGAAAUGGAGGAGAGAUUCCUUUUAACUUCAAUGGUGCUAUCGUGCAAGCCAAACCCCUUGUUUACGAGUGUGGUCCUUCUUGUAAAUGUUCUCCAUACUGCCAUAACAGGGUCAGCCAGCAUGGCAUCAAAUUCCGAUUGGAGAUCUUCAAAACUCAAUCAAUGGGCUGGGGAGUCAGAACCCUGACUUCUAUACCAUCUGGCAGUUUCAUCUGUGAAUAUAUUGGAGAGCUAAUCCAGGAUAUGGAGGCUGAACAGAGGAAUAAUGAUGAAUAUCUUUUCGACAUUGGUCACAACUACGAUGACCAUGACAUCUGGGAUGGUUCCCCUACUCCUAUCCCGGUUUCACAAGCAAUUUCCCUUUCCAAUGUUGUGGACUAUGGAGGUUUCACCAUCGACGCUGCUCAUUAUGGGAAUGUAGGAAGAUUCAUCAAUCAUAGCUGUUCACCUAACCUUUACGCACAAAAUGUUCUCUACGAUCAUGAUGACAAGAGAAUGCCUCACAUUGUGUUUUUUGCUGCUGAGAAUAUUCCUCCUUUACACGAGCUUACAUACCAUUACAACUAUACAAUAGGUCAGGUUCGUGAUUCUGAUGGGAACGCAAAAACAAAGGCUUGUCACUGUGGCUCCCAUGAGUGCACUGGCAGGUUGUAUUAA